AAACGCUACAAUCUACUGAAGAUUGCUGUUGGGGAAGAGAAGAUGCAGGAAGAAGGCGAAGCACGUGAACGGUGGAUUGAGAAAAGCGCGGUGCUUUUCGACCUCAUACUUCAAUCGGUCAACAAGGAGAUGUUCGAGCACAUCAAGGAUCUUGUGGAAGCGGAUGAUUCGGGUCCAAGGGCGUGGAAACUACUACGCGAUGUGAUUCAGCCCAACACUCUCCCAAUGGUGAUCGUGCUCGAGAAGGAACUUGCUGCCAUCUCCAUGCGACCAGGGGACGAUGUGAAGCCGGUCCUUGACAAGAUCAAGGACACCUAUGCAAGGAUGGCAGCAGCGGGCAGCAGUGCACAAGGUGAAGGUGCACAAGGUAAUGCCUAUCCUGGGAUGUUUCUCAUGGUUGAGGAUGUGCAUUGGCAUGAGGGUGAUGUGGGAUCUGUGGGAAAGGUUGUGAUGCACCCUCUCACGCACUGGGUGAUUGAUUCGGGUUGCACCAGUCACAUGACCCCACGGGCAGAUUUGCUUGAUGAGGUAAAACCCACUGGGAAGAUCAAGUAUGUGGCAGCAGCGUCAGGUGCUUUGCUCCCUAAGAGCAAGGCCGAAGUGACCUUUGGACCAACCAGCUGCCGUGCUAAGCUUGGGAAGAAGGUGCUGUGGAGUCUAGAAGAGGAGACCAGUUGCAUCAAGGACCUGUGGCAGCUGCCCAUCAUCCCUUGGAAUGGGAAGACUCCAACAGCAGCAACGGCAGCAGCGACAAAGGCAACAGCAGGAGGAGAUGCAACUGCACCAACUGAUGGGGUCCUGGAAGCAUUCAAGAAAGAGCAGCAGACACAUGGUGAGGUGCUUGCUGGUGUGGAUGCGAGUGCGGCAUGGGCUAAGGCUUCAUCAAAGAGUGGAGAGGCCGAUUGGGAGACAUGGCAUGAGAGGCUGUGUCAUGUGAACUUCCCUAUGCUGCAGAAGUUGGUGAAGGAUGGGAGCCUGAAGGGCUUGGAGAGAAAGGGGGAGGUGGCAGCGGCUGUCCUUAAGGAGUGGAUGCCUAGAGCUCAAAGGGAAUGCGGACACAAGGUGAAGGUGAUCCGCAGUGACAAUGGUGGGGAGUUCAUUGGAGCUGAUUUUGAGGGGGAGUUGAAGAGGAAGGGGAUCCAGCAUCAUCUGACAGUGCCCUACAACCCGCAGCAGAAUGGCGUGGCUGAGAGGUUCAACAGGACCCUGCAGGAGGGGGCACGCACUCUCCUUCGGCGAACAACAUUGAGGGUGCUGUUGGCGAUAGCUGCACUCCUGGGAUGGAAGAUACGGCAGAUGGACAUUGUGACUGCCUUUCUGAAUGGGAUCAUUCUGGAGGAGGUGUACAUGAAGCAGCCAGAGGGGCUGGAUGAUGGGAGCGGCAGGGUCUGCAGGCUGAAGAAGGCCAUCUAUGGCCUUAAGCAGGCGCCUCGUGCAUGGUAUCACAAGUUGGAGGAGGCGCUGUUGGCUAGGGGUUUCAAGAAGAGUGAGUGUGACCCCAGCCUAUUCCUGCUGCAGGAGAAGGAUGAAAUCCUCAGGCUCUUGGUGUACGUGGAUGAUAUCCUUCUCUUUUCUGCAUCAACUGCUUUGCUGGACAGCGCAGAGCAGAUGCUGGAGAUGCAGUUCAAGUGUUCCAAGAUGGGUGAGGUGAAGUACUACUUGGGGAUGCAUGUGGAGAGAGAUGUGGAGAAGGGUGUGCUGAGGUUGCACCAGAGGAAGUACUGUGAGGGGCUGGCUGAGAAUCAUGAGCAGUUGGAAGCGGCCAAGAGGUUGGUCCGCUAUGUGAGCGCUACGGCAUCAGUGGGAUUGGAGUACAGUGGAGUGAGGCAGCAGUUGCAGAGAGGUGCUGCAGAUGUGAAGAGUGGAGAGAUGCUCUUGAGUUGCUAUACUGACGCUAGCUUCAACUCAGUGAAAGCGGAUGGCACCAGCAUUGGGGGUUAUGUGUGCUUGCUAGGACGUGGUGCUAUGAGCUGGCGCAGCAAGAAGCAGAAUGAGGUGGGAUUGUCCUCAUGUGAGACUGAGUACAUGGCCUUACACCAUGGGGCCAAGGAAGUGGUGUGGCUGAGGCGCUUGCUGGAGGAGUUGGGAGUUGGUCAAGAGGAGCCGACAGUUGUGUUCUGUGACAAUGAGUCUGCUGUGAAGCUCGCCAAGAAUGCUUGUCUGCAUGGGCUGACAAAACACAUAAGGCCUAAGUGGCACUGGGUGAGGAGACUCCUUGAUAAGGAGGUGCGGCUGGAGAUAGUGAAGACCCAUCAGCAGGCAGCACAUAUUUUCACCAAGCGUCUGGCGGAGGCGGAUCAUUGGAAGGGCAUGAGGCUUGCUGGGAUGAGUGUGCAUUGAGUAUGCAUGCUUGAGAUGUUGGUAUGAUGGAUGAUGGUUGGCAGCCAGAGGGGGAGAUUGUUGUGUGAUGUCAUCAUAUGCUAUCACAUUCUGUCUGCCUCCCAUCUCUUGUUUCAAUUCGCAUGUAUGGUUUGAC